UCAUUAAUAGCAUAUUUUCUUUAUAAACGUACUUACUUUAAAAUUAAAGCAUAUAAGCAGUCAAAAUGAUACCGUCAUAUAAUGUACAGUUAUUUUUCCUGCUCUGGAUGAAGGCAUUUGGAGAGACACUGACAAUUAGUUCUACGGAAAAUAGUACCGACUUCGAUUCUGUGACACUUGCAGGACAAACCAUCAAUUCUUCGUGUGAGACUACAUAUCAAUGUAGUGGGAAAAUGGUUUGCUUCAAUGGACAGUGUCAGUGUAGUGAAAACCACAUCUGGAAUGGCACAAACUGCAUUGAAGAAAAAACUUUUAACUCAAAAUGUAAGCACACAACAGAAUGCGAGACAACAUUGUUCUGUAUAUAUGGUACAUGUCAAUGUGCACACAUGCACUUUUGGAAUGGGAAUAUCUGCUUGCCUAAAAAGACAGCGAAUGACACUUGUACGAAUUCAAAUGAAUGUGGCGGAAAACUUCUGUGCGAAGAUGGAGUCUGUCAAUGUCAUGACGAUUUAUUUUGGAAUGGAAACACGUGUAUAUUUAAAAAAUUCGAAGGUCAGUCCUGCAGUUCUUCUAUCGAAUGUGCAGAAAAUCUGGAAUGUAGCAGGUUUGUUUGUCGGUGUUCAGAAUCUGAAUACUGGGACAACUUCAAAUGCUCUACAAGAAAAACUGUAAACGAUGCAUGUAUGAUAGAGGCGGAGUGCGGAACCUCUUUACACUGUGCUAGGAGUAUAUGUCAGUGUGCAUCGUCCGACUACUGGACAGGAGCAACAUGUUCUCUAAAAAAAGAUGAGAAUUCCCUUUGUGACUCACCAUUUGAAUGUAAAGCAACAUUACAAUGCAGGGAUAAACACUGUGUUUGCUGUGAACAGGAUUUCUGGAAUGGACAGUUCUGUGAGACAAAAAGAAAUAUAACUUUCCAAUGCCAAGAAUCAGUCCAAUGUAUAGACACACUGCAUUGUAUUAGAGGGACCUGUCAGUGUGAUGUAACUGAAUAUUGGACAGAAACAGCAUGUGCAAAAAAAAGCAAUCUGUUUGAAGAUCUCCGCAAUAUGAUGAGGAAUGUCACAGGAUUAGUUGCAGGUUUUGGAGUUUCCAGAAAAGAUAUCCCUGCAUUUUCAGCUUCUCUUUCUGGUCCAAAAACCUUUAGCAAAAAUGAAAACAUAAAGUUUGACACAGUGUGGUCAAAUGUAAGAAACGGUUAUAAUGCAACCAGUGGAAUUUUCACUGCUCCUCAGGCCGGUGUUUACCAAUUUUCUAGCACAUUAAUGAGAACUGGAAAUGCAAUUCGAGUUCACCUUUGGAAAAAUGAGAUGAGAAUUGUGUCAAUCUAUGCAGGUGCUUCAGAUACACAGCCUGGUUCACUCAACACAGUGUUACAGCUACAUAUGGGGGACAGAGUAUCCUUACGUAAUGCCGCGAAUCAACAAAUUUACAGUGAAUCUGGAAGUCAUUUUAGUAUGUUUUCUGGAUUCAUGAUUUCAAAUUAAACUGGUAUCUUGUAUGAUACUCAACAGUU